CGACGGGGAGAGGACGGCUGGGAAGGUGCAGCCCUGGAACUGUGCAUAAGACCGUAAACAUCUGUGUUUUAUUUGUAAAAGUUAUACCGGCUACUUUUAAAAUAGUCACUUCAAUGUUUUAGAGUAUUUUUUUUGCUUUUGCUCUUUGUCCUCGCUUGUUUUUCGUGUGAUUUUACACAACGCUAGUAAUGGCGAGCUCGGCUAACUCGAACCCAGUGCCUAAACUGUACAGGUCUGUGAUUGAUGAUGUCAUCAAUGAAGUACGAGAACUCUUUCUGGAUGAGGGUGUGGAUGAACAAGUGCUUAUGGAGCUCAGAACGCUUUGGGAGAGUAAGCUGAUGCAGUCCAAGGCAGUGGAGGGCUUCCACACGGAGGAGCAAGCACUGCAGGCUGCGCAGCAGCAGCAAGCUCAGCAGGUCCAACAGAGCCAGCAGCAGGCCCAGACCCAGCACCAGGUCAUCCUGCCCCCACAGCAGCAGGCUCCACAGCAGCAAGUCAUCGUUCAGGAUCCCAAGAUCCUCCAGGCCAUGAAUGCAACGGGAAUGUCUUUUGUACAGAGCGCAGCAGCAACCGCGGCCACGCUGGCUCUGCCCACGGGAGUAGGACCGUACCAGCAGCUCAUCACCAGUCAAGGCCAGAUCCUUCAGGUGGUGAGGGCAGCAAACGGAGCGCAGUACAUCAUCCAGCCUCAACAGCAGGUGGUGCUGCAGCAGCAGGUUCUCCCUCAGAUGCAGCCAGGAGGAGUGCAGGCCCCCGUCAUCCAGCAGGUCCUUGCCCCAUUACAAGGAGGCAUCCCUCAGCAAACAGGGGUUAUCAUCCAGCCCCAACAGAUAGUCCUCGCUGGGAACAAAGUACAGCAGAAUGCACAGGUCAUGCAGACGGCGACCAUGACGACGCAGCCGGGCCAGGUGACUGCCGCACAGGUGCAGGCUCAGGCCCAGCAGCAGGUUCAGCAGCAGGUGGUUCAGCAGCAGGUUCAGCAGCAACAGACGGUGCAGCAGCAGCAGCAGCAGCAGCAGCAGCAGCAGCCUGCCCAGCAGCAACCUGCCAUGAUGCUCCAGGUAGAUGGUGCCGGGGACACCUCCUCGGAGGAGGAUGAGGAAGAGGAGGAUGAGUAUGACGAGGACGAAGACGAGGACAAGGACAAAGAUGGCGGAGAGGAUGGUCAGGUGGAGGAGGAACCCCUUAACAGUAGCGACGAUGUCAGCGAUGAAGAAGAUCAAGAGCUUUUCGAUACAGAGAAUGUAGUUGUUUGCCAAUAUGACAAGAUUCACAGAAGUAAGAACAAAUGGAAGUUCACCCUGAAAGACGGCAUCAUGAACCUGAACGGGAGGGACUACGUCUUCUCCAAGGCCAUAGGGGACGCGGAGUGGUAAGCAAAAUGCAGCAUAACCGAACGUGAAGAGAAAAAUGGGGGAAUCGAAACAGUGGGACAGGCGCCUGGAAUUGUCCAAUCCCGAUGUCAUAGAGACACAUCAAGAGCUGGGACUGUAUGCAUUUCAGUUGGUGUGUGUGUGUGUGGUUGGCAGGCGUGUGGGAAUACGAUGACGCCCUUUAAACGCACACAAAAAAACUGUGAGUCGCAAAUCCCGCUAAUGGCAUAAACAUAAACACACACACACAUGCACACACACACACAAUCCUUGAAUGCCAGUGACUGGCAGUUUAUUGCUAACAGAUCACACCAAGUGGAAGAGGUUUCACAAAUCAAUCGUUUUCUCACUCGGAUCAUCACUUUGAUCGACUAAAUCGUGACGAGAGAAAUUCAAGAAGAGAGAAAAAAAAAGUAUCUACGGAUAGUGGACCAUGUUGAACUUUUACCCAUCCAGACCAUUAACGAUGCCCAUUUCGACCAAAAUAUUAAAUAAGUAAAUAAAUAACUAAAUAAAUAAGUGAAAUCCAAGGCACCUAAGGCAGGAAUGAAGAGUGGCUUGAAGUAGAGUGACUUCAAGAGCGUCUGUGAAACAAGCACCAACGUGAAGAUAGCCUUUUUGAUUGCACAUGUUCUUUUUUUAAUCAGCUUCAUGUCAGCCCAUUCUGGUACUGCAUCUCAAUUCCGUUCUCUUGUUCUAUAUUCCUGCCACACAGUAACGUGCCUAGUCUGUCCUGGUCCCCAGCCUACAAACCUUCAUACCCUGCCAUUGUUUUAAAGAAUAGUUAAAUCGUUUUUUUUUUUUUUUUUUUUUAUUCAGCGGGCAAACACUACACAAAGGUGCCGAAGAGCAGGCUGUUAAUAUGCGAUGUAGAAUAAACAUUUCGAGCAGAUAGAAAGCAGCAUAUCAGCUCUGAGUAAAUGAAACCAACUUCUUGUCCGAUUUGAUUUCCACAAUCUGAAACGCCAUUGACUGAAUUUUUUUGUUUUGUUUUGUUUUCCAUUUUUAACGAACCAAUUAAACAAACCAAUGAGAAGCGUAGCAAUGUGUAAUUGGAGUUUUUGCACUCUCUGUGUGUUUGGUCCCCCCUGCAUGCUUUUACCCAGAUGGCUUUGUGUGCUUGUGUGUCUUGUGUGUGUCAGGUCACUUGUCCUGCGUUAGCCUACAACAACUAUGUCUGUACAAUGUUCUUGACACUUCCUCCAAUGUUACAAGAUAGAGGGUGUUUUUUUUUUAUUUUUGUAGUUCUUUUUUUCUUUUCUUCUUUCUUUUUUGUGAAUAUUUAUUCCUGAACGCUCAGGCACCAUUGUUAAUUAUUUGGGGCGGGAUGGGGUUACACACUGUACCAAACUGUGCUCUUAGAAAAUGAAAAGAAGAAAAAAAAGUGUUCCUUUUUUUCCUCUGUUGGCUGGACAAGACUCCAUCAUGUGCUCUACUGUUGAUUUCAGCCUAGUCUUGGGCUUGACUUUUAAUCAUGUUGUUCUUUUUCGGAGUGGUUUAAUUUAGUUCCCUCUGGUCUACUCAAAAGUCACUGCCCUAAUUUUGGCGAGAUGUGACUCACUCACGUAAGUGUGAGAUCAAGGGAAAACUUCACCUAACUAGAUCAUCCUAUCCUACCCCCCUCCCCCUUUCCCGCCAGAACUAAAUGAUAUAUUCUCAUCACCAUCACAGCAGUUGGACGGAACUGCAGGUCACUUCUCUGUGACCAUAAAAUUCUUUGAAAGAUUUUAGAAUAGGUGUGCAAAAAUAUAUAUAUAUAUUUUCUCCAUAGUCCAGUGCUUCUCACUGUCCAUUUCUUAUUUGUGCCUUUUUGAUUUGUUUAAUAUCAGCUUGCCGGCGAAUAAAUAAAGGAUGGUAUUUAAUGAUGCAGGUGUUUUAAAAGAAACUGUAUUCUCUGCUUUGUUUUUAUAAUUGUUUAUCUACCACGCGUUUCAGCUGCUGUCUGAAGAACUGUUCUGAGAGGGAAAUGUAUUACGUUUGUAUAAUUCACAAUACUGUUUCUGAAUCAAGGUUGCUCUUUGUAAAUUACUUGACCAUCCCUUGGAAGGCUGUGCUUUGAAUACCAAUUAUUAGAGAAGUUAGUAUUUUGUUGAACUGAAACCCAUUGAGUUUUUGCCUUUGCUAAACUUUUAAUUAAAGUAAUAUGGGAAAAAUAAAAGUGUGUUACAUUUUGGGA